AUGUCCGUCACUUGCCUUUCUAGAGGCCCUGUUCAGCAACUGUUAGAAAAUACAGAACUGCCUCUGAACUAUGAGUGGUACAAAAUGAUUUUGAAUGCUUACUAUUCUGAAAGGAAGGACUUUGUGUACGUUGAGCCGUCUAGGAGAGUUAGAGAAAUACUUGCAGAAGAGCUUUGCUUCCAGAAAGAGGCGUGCCAUCUUAGACACCCAGCUGCAGUGGCUCUGGAAGGAGUUUGGAGUGUGAAAAAGAAUUUCUCCAUUGGAAGCCUGAAACCGGUGUCGCAGAACAGAAACGGUUUCCUUUUACAGCCUCGAUUCUACUCAAGGCAUGCAGGAAUAAAACUGAAAUGUAUUGACUUGGUAGUGGAAGGUGAGAGCUUCCAACCCUAA